AUGACUAUCUUAAACGCAAUUCGGGACAGCCCAGCAGGACAGCUCGUACGACUGCUCCGCCCAGAACUUUUACCAUAUCCAGAGGAGCAAGACUUUCCUCAAAAAGACCUUUACAAAGAUGCAGAGCUCAUUGCCGAGAAACGACAUACAGACAUCGAAGCCGGGAUACCGGAGAAGUUUGAAGAGAACCACGAAGCGUCGCCAACGAUCCGCGAAGACGGCACUAUCAUAUGUGACUGGUACUCUGCAUCGGAUUCUGAUAACCCGGAGAAUUGGUCUUCACGGAAGAAGCUAUGGGUCGUGGCCUGUAUCUGUUACUGUUCCUUCGUCGUCUACAUGUCCGCUCCCGUCUGGACCCCUGGUGAAGAACAAUUCAUGGAAGUUUUCGGUACCAACUAUGCUUAUACUGCCCUUGGACUGGCAUUGUUUGUCUUUGGCUAUGGUGUAGGACCCUUGUUGUUUGCACCGUUGAGCGAGAUUGCCAGUGUGGGAAGGAACAUUCCGUACAUCACCACAUUCGUAUUGUAUAUGUUGGUAACUAUUCCCACGGCAUUGGUACGUAACGCACCUGCGUUCAUGUUCUUCCGGUUCUUGCAAGGCUUUUUCGGAUCUCCAAUUUUGGCUACAGGCGGCGCAUCUCUUGCUGAUGUCUAUGAUUCGACAUAUCUACCUUGCGCCAUGACUGGGUGGGCGUUCGCUUGCUUUGUGGCACCUGUCAUUGGACAGAUCAUAGCAGGAGCAGCAAUACCCCAUCUGGGCUGGCGCUUUACGAUCUGGGAGAUACUCAUUGCUUCUGCGCCAGUUCUUGUGAUGUUCCUUUUCCUGCCCGAAACGAGCCCGGCGACGAUUCUUCACCACCGCGCCCAUCGCCUUCGCAAAGCACUCGGCUCAGACAAUAUACGCUCUGCCUCUGAGAUGGAGCAACAUGGAUUGUCUAUCAGGACUGUUGUGAUCGACUCGUUGGUCAAGCCAAUGGAGAUUACAUUGCUAGAUCCGGCAGUGUUGUUCGCGAAUGUUUAUAUGAGUCUGAUCUACUCUAUAUACUACAGCUUCUUCGAAGCGUACCCGCUGGUUUUUCCAUCUUCAUACGGCUUCAAUCUUCUUCAGGAAGGACUGGCUUUCCUGCCGAUCGCUAUCGGAACAAUUUUGUCAUUUUUGCUCUACAACUCCUACCUGGUUUUCUAUCGCAUACCUAAAGUCAAGGCUGGUACACCGACGAAACCUGAAGACCUUCUUCUCCCAGGUCUGGUCUCGUGCUUCUUUCCUCCAAUUGGCCUCCUUAUCUUUGGCUGGACAUCUCGACCCGACAUCCACUGGAUUGUGCCGAUGAUAGGCAUUGCACUCUUUCCUCUUGGAGUGUUUAUUGUCUACCAGUGCGUGUUCAUGUACCUGCCAACGCUUUAUUCAAGGAAAGUUUCAUAUGCCGCCAGUCUGUUCGCAGCAUCGGACUUUACACGCUGUACGUUUGCGCUUGCUGCAGUAUUGUUCAGCAGACCCAUGUACACCUAUCUCGGUAUGGGUAAAGCUUGUACUCUACUGGCGGGUCUUAUGAUCGGAUGCAUCUUCGGUCUGUUCGCUUUGCAUCAUUACGGUCCGAGAUUGAGGCAGAGAUCCAAGUUCGGAAAGAAGUAG